AAUUGCACCCGUUACAGCCCAUGCCGCAUUUGACAAGGCUGCUAGCUACUUCCAUAUGAAGAUCACCCAUAUACCAGUUGAUGAGAAGACAAGAAUGGUGGACCUUGUGGCUAUGAGACGAGCUAUCAGCAGGAAAACAUGCGUGCUUGUGGCAUCAGCACCCCACUUUCCUCAUGGUAUUAUUGAUCCCGUACAGGAAGUUGCUAAGCUGGGCCAGAAGUAUGGCUUACCAGUCCAUGUAGACUGCUGUCUGGGUGGGUUCCUGUUGCCGUUUAUGGAGAAGGCUGGCUUCCCCCUGCAGCCAUUUGACUUCCGUGUUCCUGGGGUCACAAGUAUAUCUGCAGAUACACAUAAGUAUGGCUUUGCACCAAAAGGCUCGUCUGUGAUCAUGUACAGAAACCGAGAUCUGCUGACCCACCAAUUCUUUGUCCAACCUGACUGGCCUGGUGGCAUGUAUGCAUCCCCUACCUUUGCAGGAAGCAGAGCGGGCUCCAUUGUUGCAGCUUGCUGGGCCACGUUGAUGCAUUUUGGAGAGGACGGAUAUAUUGACACCACUAAAAGGAUUGUCUCCACAACCAAGUACAUCGUUAACAGAUUAAAGUCCAUCCCGGAGAUCUUCAUAUUUGGAGAACCUCAAGUUUCUGUCAUUGGAAUCGGCUCCAGUGUUUUCAAUGUCUACAGGCUGUUUGAGUCCCUGGUGGAAAAGGGGUGGAACCUCAAUUCUCUACAGUUUCCUUCCAGUUUGCACUUAUGUGUGACACUGCUCCAUACGAAUUACGGUGUGGCUGACCAGUUUGUGACAGAUAUUCAAGACUGUGUUAAGGAGAUCAUGAAGAACCCGAAAGCAGUGUGUCAGGGAGCAGGAGCCAUCUAUGGCUUUGCUCAGAGCAUCCCAGAUCGUAGCUUGGUCAAUGAAGUGGCAACAGCUUUUCUGAAUGCUUGCUACUCAACCAGAGUGCCUCCAUCUUCUAACGGUGUACAUGCAGUGGCAAAUGGAGACACCCCCAAGGCCUAG